GCGAUUUUCCAUGAGACUCUUCGGAGAAAAUUCAUGUCUCGGCCAUUUUUCGGUAUGAAGGUCUAGAAACUUGGAUUCCUCGGUUAUUUUAUACGUUCUACACGAUGAGAUCGCUUAACACAAAAUCCAUGUUUUCAUCGGGUGAUGCACCUAUCAGUACGGACUGUAUCUUAAUGGCUAAGGGCAUAGAGGCUCCACUGGAUGGAUAGUCCUUGCAUCCAUUGAAACUGCUAAUGCACUCUGUAGUUUAUUACAUUUCCCCCUGCUCAAAUUUAUUGGACUAUGGUUGAAGUGCAUCCACUAUAGUGACACUGAUGCAAUAAAAAAUAAUUCUGUUCGAAUGUAAUUCAUUGGAUGAAUAUCUGAAAUUAGAGAGAAAAUUAAAUAUGAUUUCCCUUUCCAUUUUCAUUUUUUUCGAGCCUACUAUCGUUACCGAGAUAUUCACUAUUUGUAUUUUGGCGCACGCGUAUAUCACCAUAACCUGACGACACCUAAACAGCAAAUUUGGAAAUAUCUCGAUAACGAUAGUAGCCUCGAAAAAAAUGAAAAUGAAAAGGGACAUCAUAUUUAAUUUUCUCUCUAAUUUUAAAUAUUCAUCCAAUGAAUUUCAUCCGAGCAGAAUUAUUUUUCAUUGCACCAGUGUCACAAUAGUGGAUGCACUUCGACCGCAGUCCACAUACCAAAACACUGUAGACGACACGAAUGAGUGAUGUAAAAAAAUAAUUGAUGUUAAAGAAACAAUGUGUUGAAGCAAGUCCAUAUUCUAUGAAAUGUUUAUUUAGGCAGUUGUGCAUAUUAAGAUUGUUGGAGUCUUGUUUUAUGUCUUCAUUUAAACAGACUUUACUUGCUUGCUGCUAAUAGUUUAUUGAAGAGAAUUAGUUUUUUGUUUUACUAUAUUUUGAGUUUUAUUUUUUUAUUUUACGUUGUUUUACAAAUAUUUGACUAAGAAUAUGAGUAUUUUUUGUAAUAUCUGUACAUUAUAAAUUAAAAAGGGCAGAUUUGACUUUUUGCUUUUGCGUGCUGUAAACAUUUUUGUGCUAAAAUAAAUUCAGAUAUAAACUUAUUUUUUCGCUUAGAAGAGAUUUCACUUACGGAUUUAUUAUAGAAAUAGAAAAAAAAUGUUUUUUCGCUUAUUUUAUAAAAUAUAAACAUUUCUAGGUUUCCUCCAUAAAACUCUGGUCCCAAAUUUCCUCAAGCCAGAGUCGCUCUCACCUUAAAAUCUGCUGUGGUCUAAUCUGAUGUUUAAUAAUCUCUUCUGCAGUUUUACUACUCGAUGUGUGCGCUAUAUUUUUAUCACUUGCGAAUUUUAACACCUAAGAAGCGCAGCAUAUGUCCAAGUUUUUGUAAACGUUCUUAUUGUUUGUGAGGAAACUUCUUUUGUGUUGCGCUUAGUAUAAUGGUUGUUUUAUUUCAAUUAUUAAACGUUAUUUUAGAUUUAUUACAUUCACUUUUUCUAGUCAUGACAACAAACGAGAGAAGAAAGAGAAGAAAUAGUUCUGGUAUUGUAAAAUAAAUGUUGCAUAAUUGCUUGAAAAAGAUGAUUCAGUGUAUUUGCAUAUUUUUUUCUAUUUAGAUUCAAUUGCCAGUAGAAGUAGUGCUAUAAGUACGAUUAGUGGUCGUUAUAAAAGUAAAAAAACAACGAGGGAAAUUGUAUCAAUCAAAGAUCAUGUUGUGGUGACAUGGAUAGACACCAAUGAACUGGAAACUGUAUCAUUAAAACAUCUUAGAGACUCUACUGGCAAAAUGAAACAAUAUGAAACAUAUACAUUUAGUUUUGGUCGUAAACGUAAACAAGGAAAAAUUAUGUUACAUGGUAUGUAAAAUAAACAGUUACUUUGUUUGCCUCCUGUUGAAAAGUCUUCAUGAUUUAAACCCCCCCCCCCAAAAUAGACGGCCACCCUAUAUUAGAAGGCCACCCCCUGUAUAAGGCCAUGUCCGAGCAAAAGUUCAAAGGCCCUAUUAGAAGGCCAUGCACUAAUUAAUUAAUAU